AUGCCGCUUUUCCCAAUAUUAGACCAGGCAGGAGAAACAGAACGUCCGCAGAAGUUAUUCCCGGCUGCUGAUGUACAGAUAGGUACACCAGAACAUCUGGUUUCUCCAGGUAAUUUUGACUGGCUGAGUAACAGUAGUUACAAGCCAGAACAUGAACAAAAGAAUAUCAAAAAGGUACACGAUUCUCCAAUAGAGACAACUGCUUCAUCAGAGAUUUCCUGUGACAACCAAGAUCACUCACCCAAAGGUCAUACUAAAUCUAAGAGGUGGAAAGCAGAUGAUGAGAGGAGUGGCACAAACGACGAAGAAACUGAGAGAGAUGAAGUGAAAAAACACAGAAAGAAAACAAAGAAGGAAAAACAUAAACACAAAUCUAAGAAGCAUAAACAUCGGAGGUCAAGGUCAAGGAGUCCAGUGCCCCAGUAUAGUAAUGUCACCAAAAAGCAAACAAAGGUGUUCAAGCACGGUGACAAAGUGUUUAUUGACGAGAUACCAGGACUAGAGGCAGAGGAUGCUUAUCGGAUUGAUAGAAAGCCCAAUAAAAACAACUAUAUAUAUGGAUCAGUGGUUGACAGACAUGUUGCCAAAUUCAAAAGACAUGUUGAUGUUUGUUUGGCUGCUGAUGAUCAGCUAGCAGUGUCUCUCAGAGAACAAAAGGAUCAGAGCAGUCGAUUCAAGUCACACAACAGGUAUUACAACAAAGAGAAUCGAAAAUUAUCGAGAUCAGCUCCAGACGAAGUCAUCCCGAUUAGUAAGGACUGUUUGAGUGGUUCUGAUAGUGCAAAGGAAUUCAUAUCUGUCAACAAGAUCAAAUCUGAACAUCAGAACCAAGAGGACGGCCAGUUGAAGGGUGAUGUACGUGACCAGCUGAUGGAUGGGAAAUCUUUGGCUUAUGUGCAAGGUACAGGAGUGAUUCAAUCGCAACAGGAUAACAAACCUAUAGUGAGGUCAGAGUUAUGGCAGAAGAAUGCUGAUUACAACAAACGCUUAAGGGAAAACCCAAAAGAUGUCAAACUUUGGCUGGAAUUUGUUAAAUUCCAAGAUAGAUUUUUAUAUGAGGACUUAUCAGAUGAGGACCAUGCUGGAAGUAUGAAUGUUAAGAAGCUCCCAAAACAGGUCGUUCAUGAGAAAAAGGUAAUGAUUCUUAAGAAGGCUAUGGAGGCAAAUUCAUCAUGUGUUUCUCUUAAACUGAGAUAUCUAGAACUUUGCCAAGGCAAUUUGGAGGCAGCCGAGGUGAACAAGGAAUUAGAAAGCCUUCUGUUUGUGUAUCCAACAGACACCACCCUGUGGAGGCAAUACCUCUUGUACAAUCAAUCUCACCUUGCCACUUUUUCCGUGACACGAGUGUGUAAAUUCUACAGCACCUGUAUACAGAAGCUGAUUGGCUACCAAGAGGGGUCAGUGUUCUCCCAUGGGUCUACAGAUGGGCUUGACAGGAACAUGUUAGAUCUGUUUGUGCAGUAUUGCUGUUUCUUAAGACAAGCUGGCCAUAUGGAGAAGGCUGUAGGCUGUUUCCAGGCUCUGCUAGAGUUCAACCUUUAUUGCCCUGCUUCACUGGAAAGUUCUGGUCACCAGGACAAGCAGAAUGUAUUUGAGAGUUUCUGGGACAGCGGUAUAAGUAGGGUGGGAGAGAACAAUGCUAAGGGCUGGCAGUUCUGGUCAGAAAAUCCUGGAGAGUUACCCUCAUCAGCUGCCUUGACACUUGACACAGACAUAGAACAAGAGGAACAAGAACUGCUAGGGCGGAAUGAUCCAAAAUGGAGGAUAUGGCUUAACAUGGAGCUUCUGCGUGGGUCUGUUCACUGGUUACCAUGGAGACCAGAUGUAUCCAAAGAUGAGACAGAAGAGGACUGCCAGGAUGUUGAACGCUUGGUUUUGUUCGAUGAUGUGUCAGGUGUUCUGUUUACGUUGCCCAAGUGGCUCCAUUUUGAAGCAGUUUUACAAUUCUUGUUAUUUCUUGGUGUUGACACAUCAAGUGACUUCAUCAUAAGCUCAGUGAGAUCCAUUGACUGUCAGUGUAACUUAGACAGAGUAUCACAGAUCUUUAGCAAGAAUCUGCUUCCCGAAUGUCAUGGCGAUAUAAAAGUGACACCACAUCUUAAAACAUAUAUCAACUCCUUAUUAGAACAGAUGGUUAGCUAUUUCGAAAACGAUGUGAAUUCACAUACUGUUCUUACAACAUUAAGACUACGAUUUUUUAAACAAUGUAUAAAGGACAGUCCCAGUGGUCUAAAACAACUUAAAAAGUUUGGUAAGUCACUGUUGAAGGAGCCCAGAAACAGGAGUAACUUGUUUGUGUGGAGCGAAUACACGGCUCAGCUCUGGGAAGUUGGAGGAGUGCUGGAGGCUCGUCCAGUGGUAGAGACGGCCUUGUCAAUGCAGAGUGGAUCAGGGUCAGCUAUUGAAGUGGACCCUGGGACAAGAUGUGGACUUGUACGACUACACAGGAUAUUGACAGAGAUCAUUCUAAAAUUUCCACCGGGAGAUUUGCGGGUAUGUGGAGACAGGAUCUUAGAUAAAGAUUCUGAAAAAUCUUCUCAGGAGGCUCGCUGGGGCCUUCAGUGUCUUGUAAAGGAAAAAAGCAUAAAGGAUCCAGUUCCAUUUGAGAAUCCAUUGAUCUGUUCUUGGACCAUGAAGAAAAUGAGGAAAAUGUUAGAAUGCUAUGCAGAAAAUCUGAAGACUGAGGUACAUGGAAGUAGUGGAAAAUGUGUGUUGACAUUACAGCACUUCUGUGAGCUCACCAGGUGUUGUGUUUUGUAUGCUUGGCUCACUCAGGUAGACAUGUUGAAGGAGAGUAUAGGGAUAGUGGACUGGGCAUUGUCCAAGAUACAACUUCUUCUUUCUAACCAUCCAUCCCUCGACCCAGAUAAAAAGCAGCCUCGCUGCGAACCACUGACAUCCAACUGUCUUACAGUUCUGGAGGAACUACACAGGAUAAAGGUACGAAUGGUUUUGUGUCAUAUGUUGACUUUAUCUGCACCCCUCAGUUGUUUGCGUUCUGCCAUUAAUGCAGCUCUGAGUGACUUCCCUUACAGUUCUCACUUCCUGUGGCUGUUUACUCAGACAGAAAUGAAGAUGAAUGUUUCAGGGCAUCUUGAUCGUUUCUUUACUCAUCACCUGAAGGAAGGAACACAACCCAAUCUUCUGAUGAUGGCCAUAUUGUCUCAGGUUCAAAAACUUAAGGACUUGGAAGAACAAAUGAAGAAGGAAAAUUAUUUGAAACAGGGGGAAGACGUGAAGAUUCCAGAGACAAGUAUGAUUCAUCGUAUCAGGAGCUACUGUGAUGUUGGCAGGGACAACAAUCUUACUCGGAACUGUCCUCUGUUGUGGCGUGCUUGUCUUUAUACAGAGAUGAAGUACGGAAAAAGAGAGCGGGCCAAAGGGUUGUUUUAUCAAGCUCUUCAGCAUUGUCCCUGGGCCAAGGUGCUGUACCUAGAUGGCGUGGCAAUGUUUGGUGAAGAAAAUGUGACCGAUGUUACAGACCUCAUCAUCGAAAAAGAACUCAGGCUUCAAAUACCACUUGAGGAGGUGGACCUCCUGUUGGAGUAACGACACAGAGGGAGGUAGACAUGGAAUGUGGAUGGAGUGGAUACAUAUAUGUAUAUCAAGAACUUAGAUUGAAAAGGAAUUGUGUGAGGCAUCAGUUUAGGUAUUGAAGAGUAUGUUGUCUUACCUGGAAAAGAGUAACAGUAGAAACUGCCUAUGCAGAUAUGUAAAAGUUUGGUGAGGCAUACAGAGUUGGUGAAAAAUUAUUUGAUGAUAUAUGUAUAUGUAGGAGUAUGAGAGUAAUGAAUAUCUGUGUGUCAGCUUCUUUUUUUGUAGAUAAAAUAUCAUAUUUGCUGUGUAUUAGUUUUGUUAUGAUAAAAAUGUGUAUAUACUAAAUCACACUUGAUUAAAGGAUUGAAAACAGAGGUUACAACUUAAGAUUAUUUUUCAGAUAUUACUGUAUAACAGAACAGAAGAAAAUACCAACAUGUCCACAGACACUUAUUUCAAACUCAAAGUCAAUGA